AGAAACAAAAAAUCGUGUGUUUUGUAAUAUAAAAUGUCGUCCAUCACAAAAAUGGGUGGAUCAAGUUUGUUGAUGCCGAUGAGUAAUGUUUUAGAAAAUGAGCCUAUUUAUCAAAAUAUUAAUACCGAAGAAUUGAAGGAUUAUUUAAAAGAUUCUAUUUAUAUAAAUAGAAUUCUUACUUUGGAGAAUGAAAUAUUUGAAAAUUUUUUAGUUCAUAAUAAUCCACAAGCGCUUGCUAUUAUGACUCAGACUUUAGAGACAACUAAAAAAGUUUUAUCACAAAAAUCUCAUGGGUCUUCAUGUUCUUCUUCAAAUUCGUCAAUUUCACAUUUCUACCAACUUGGUCAGAAUAUUGGAGGAAUCAAAGAAAAUAGUCCUAUGUCACCGGGAAAAAUCAGCAACAGCAGUAAAAGUAUUAAAAAUAUCGACAGUAAUGAAAAUCUUAGUAAAAGUCGUAUUUAUCCUUCAGUGUUAUCAAAUUAUUCAUCAACAAAAGGAUUUCGAAUAACAUUAUCACAUAGAAUUGAAAUGACAAAUAAACAAAUUGAUGAAAUGAAAAAACAAUUUAUAAUUCGUGAAAAACAAAUUGGUAUAAAAAAGAUGAAUUUAACAGCCCAAUUAGAUGAAAUUGAACUACGAAUACGAGAUAUUGAAGAAGUUAAAAAAGAGCUAGAAUAUAUUAUACAAAAUAAAGAUGCAGAAUCAACAACGAAAAAAAUUCUAGCUGAUAAAUUUAUUAAAUAUAUGAAGACGUGGAUGAAAACUGUUACUCAUGUAAUGGAUAAAUUACGUUUAAAAAGUUAUUCUAUUAAAUCUCAAAUAAAAAAAAUUCAGCAACAAUUAAGACAGAGAGAAGAAUUUGAACAAACUUUUUAUGUUAUUGACUUUGAAGCUCUUACGAUUGAAAAUCAAGAUUAUUUAAAGAAAAUAAAAACAACUAAUAAAGAAUUGAUAAAUUUGAAGAAAGUUUUGGGACGAUAUAAUUUAAAAUUGGAUCAUUUUAGAAAAAAGUUAGAAGAACAACGAAAUAAAAUAGAUAAUCUGGAGAAAGAAAUAAAUAUAAAAGAAAAUAAUAUUGAUAAAUUGAAAAAAGAUAUUGAACUUUUCAAAUCAAAACUUGAAAAUAUAAAUCAACAAAAAUCUAAAUUUCUUAUUGAUAAAGAGUUACCUGAUGUAAUUGAUUUUAUAAAAAUUCAAACAGAACUUGAGGAAAUGAAAAAAACACAAAAGCGUAUUGAGAGGCAUAAAAAUAUUCAAAUAACAGCAUUAAAAACUUUUAAAAAACGUCAAAUGUUAUUACAUGAAUAAUUAACUUCUAUAAAUAGAUGAGAUAAUUGAUUAAAAUGCAAUUUUAAUUUUACAUUAAUUGAUUUUUGUCUAUUUUAAAAUUUUUAACAAAGACAAACAUCAUAAAUGUAAUUAUUGUUUUAGUCAUUAUGACAAUUCAUGACUGGCACAAAUUACGCUAUACAUCUUCUUCUUCUUAACAGUAAAAAGACUCAUAACUAAAAACACAACACACCGGAAACUAUUAGAAAUUUUUAUCUAUUAGAUCAUAGCUAUAAUAAAUUGUAUAAUUACUUAGCUGGAAGAGUCUGUUUAAUUGAUCCUAAAAUAUAUCAUAAAUAAUUAAUUAUGUUCAUCCCCAAAGCUGUCAAUCAAAUGACAUACCAUUAGAUCAUAGAUAAUUUACUAGUAUGUCAAUAAGAUGGAUUUAAAAAUAACAUGCUACAGAAGAUUUUGGCUCAUGUCAUGGAGAUGUGUUAGAUGUUAGUGUAAAGUCACGCUUCAUGCACUGACGAUGCCUGUCCCUUCUUCCUCUUUUACUUUAACUUUGCUGAUGUAUCUUUAAAAAUUACAGUCGUCUUUCUAGUUGCGUUAACUAAA